AUGCAAUUUGGUCCUCUUGAUUCUAUCACUAACGUGAUUGCUGCAGAUGUUCAAUUGGGAAAAAGAGAAACUACCUCAUAUCCAGAUGAACCGAUAGUUUAUGGAAGGGAUGAGGACAUAGAAUACAUAGUCAAUCUCUUGCAAAAUGAUACGGGAGGAAGUCGAAACGACCACCAAGGAAGAGAUGUUUCCGUCGUUGCCAUUGUAGGGAUGGGUGGUCUUGGGAAGACUACUCUUGCUCAAAAAGUUUUCAAUGAUAGAAAGAUCAUGGAUUAUUUUGUGGUCAGAUGUUGGAUUUGUGUGUCUGAUGAUUUCAGCCCAGCAAUGUUUUUCAGAAUUAUCUUAAGAUCCUUAGGUGAGGAGGUUGCUCACGAUCGACAAACCUUGGACUAUCUACGGUCUCGCCUUCAAGACAAACUCGUUGUAGCAUUGUUAAUGGCUACUCUUCCGCAUUACUUACCAAGAAUUUUGUCAGAAGAGGACUGUUGGUCUCUGUUUAAGGGACGUGCUUUUAUGCAUGGCGAAGAUAAAAGUUAUCCGGAGCUGGAAGCAGUUGGGAAGGAAAUUGUAAAGAAGUGCUGCGGGAUACCUUGGGCUGCAAAAGCGUUAGGAGGCUUACUUCAGUUCAAGAGAGAAGAAAAGCAGUGGUUGAAUGUGAAAGACAGUCAAGUUUGGGAGCUUCAAGACAAUUCAUCGGAUGCCAUUUUACCUGCUUUACAAUUGAGUUAUAAGCAUUUAUCUUCACAAUCGAAGCAAUGCUUUGCUUACUGCUCUAUUUAUCCCAAAGAUUACCUGAUGAAAAAAGAAGAAUUAAUUUUAUUGUGGAUGGCCAAUGGUUUUAUUCAAUCAACAGAAAGAAUAAUGGAGUAUGAAGAUGUAGGGAACGAGAUCUUCAACGACUUGUCAUGGAGAUCAUUUUUCCAGGAUUUCCAGAAAGAUGAAGGAGGCAAUGUUAUAAGCUGCAAAAUGCAUGAUCUGGCGUGUUCUGUUAUGAGUGAUGAAUGUGUAUCCGUGGAGUGUGAUUACAGCAAGGAGGUUCAAGUUCGGCUUUCAGUUAAGUUUCCUUGGAUUUAUCUUCUCGAAUCUAAAAUGUUUACGUGUAUUAACUUUGGCGGGGUUGACCAUAAGCAGAAUCCCGAAUUCGAUAAGCAAACUGAAACACCUGAGGUUAAAGAAAAUGCCAAUCGAAAUGGGGAAAUUGAUUUCCCUCCGAACCUUGAGCUUAAUUUGUUGUGGGUAAGUAUAACUGAGCUAAAAGACCUACAGUAUCUCAAAGGACGGCUAAGAAUUCUUGGAUUGGAGCAUGUGAAAAGUGCAGCAAAUGCUAAUUUAAUUCAAAAGAAGCAUUUACAAUCUCUUUAUUUGUGUUGGUCUUCAGGAUUACCGGAUACCGAAGAAGAAGAACAAGCACAGCUAAUGGUAGGAGAAGGCCUCCAGCCUCACCCAAAAUUGAAGAGAUUGUAUAUAGAUGGUUAUGGAGGUGUGAGAUUUCCUCAUUGGAUUGGGCUUGGGGUUUCUUUGGUUGAAAUCACACUUUGGGAGUGUCAUAAAUGUGAACAUCUCCCGCAACUUGGUAACCUACCGCUCCUUAAGAUCCUUAGAUUGGAUAAUUUGCAUUCAGUGAAAAGCAUCAGCGAGUUUUAUCAUCAUGGUGAUCAAGUCAUUUCUUUCUUCCCGUCACUUAAAGAGCUGUAUAUAUCUGGAAUGUAUCAUCAAUCUGGGGAAAUCUCAUUACCAUCCCCGUUGUCGCAUAUAUAUAGAAUGUAUCAUUUUGAAAAAAUCUCAUCGCCAUCUCCAUUGUCUCCGUCUUCUUCUUCAUCGCAGUCAUUAUCCUCGAAUCAAGUAUUAUCAUUCCCACGCCUUCGAGUUUUAGAAAUUCGUAACUGCCCUGAACUGGCAAGUUUUAUCUCAUUGCCACCUUCUCUAGAGAUGUUAGUACUAAGAAAUACUCAUGAAGAGUUACUAUUGAGAUACUUGAAACAAUCCCCUUCUUCUCUUGAAAGGCUAGAAAUCGGAGGAUUUCCGAAUUUGGUAUCCGUUCAUCAGAAUAAUGGCUUGAGGGAUCUUGCAAACCUUCGGGAAUUGAAAUCUCGGGUUGUCCAGAACUGGAUUUUGAGAACUUCAUUGCCCUUACUUACAUCUCUGAGAAUAAAUUAUUGCUCAGGACUCACGACUUUGGAAGAGUGGAUGCCUAACCUCACAUCACUUCAGUAUUUGGUGAUCGAAAAUUGCAAGAAUUUGAAUUCUUUAUCAGAUGGAUUGCAGCGACCAACGGCGCUCGUAGAUUUGAGGAUUCUAGAUUGCAAGAAUUUGAAAUCUUUUCCAGAUGAUGGACUAGAACGACUCACCGCUCUAAGAUUUCUGAUCAUCAAAAAUUGCCAUCCGGAUCUACAUAGACAAUGCAGGAAUGAGGAGGGACACUACUGGGACAAGAUUUCACACAUUCCAGAGCUCUGCAUUUAUUGA